ACACUCAAACACGCAUGCACAGGAGGAAUGAAAAGUACUGAAGACUGCUGCAGAAGUUUGAUCCUAAAGCAGAGAAAGUUUAAAGCUCAGUGCUGAGAUGGAAAUGCAGCUUCCGCCUCACGAGGGAGCUGAGCUCUCAGUGGUCGACAUGCACACAGGUGGAGAGCCUCUACGGGUCAUCCUCAGCGGCUACCCAGAGGUCAAAGGUGACAGCGUGCUGUCCAAACGCCGUUAUGUCCGGGAACAUCUGGACCACCUCAGGAGGGUGCUGAUGUUCGAGCCCCGGGGACACUACGACAUGUACGGAGCCCUGAUCGUUGACAGCGAGUUGCCCGAGGCCGAUCUGGGGGUGCUGUUCAUGCACAACGAGGGUUACAGCACCAUGUGUGGACACGCCGUCAUCGCACUGGGACGCUUCGCUGUGGACUACAAACUGGUGAAAGAACCACAGUCGCCUGAGACCCAAGUGAACAUACACUGUCCCUGCGGUCUGGUAAAGGCGUUUGUUGAGUAUUCUGAUGGUAAAACAGGAGGAGUGAGGUUUCUCAGUGUGCCAGCGUUUGCGUUUGCUACAGAUGUGACGGUGGCAGUGGAAGGGUUUGGAGAUGUGGUGGUCGACAUCAGCUACGGAGGAGCCUUCUACGCCUUUGUAAACGCCCAGAGGUUUGGCCUUGAUGUGACCAAGUCCAGGACUCGAGAUCUGGUGGACGCAGCCACAGCGGUGACCGACGCUGUCAAAUCUCAGGUGAAGUUGCAUCACCCGACCAGCGACGAUCUGGCCUUCCUCUACGGCACCAUCCUCACUGACGGCAAAGAUAAUUAUUCCUCUGAUGCCACCGCCAAUGUCUGUGUGUUCGCAGAAGCUCAGGUGGACCGAAGCCCCACUGGUUCUGGUGUUACAGCUCGAGUGGCUCUCCAGUAUCACAAAGGUCUCAUCCAGCUGAACCAGACCAGGACGUUUCAGAGUGGAGCCACUGGAUCCCAGUUCACAGGGAAAGCUGUCGAGGAGACCAAGUGUGGAGACUUCAAGGCUGUAGUCGUGGAAGUUGCUGGCAGAGCUUUUUACACCGGAGUUUCACGCCUCGUGCAGGAGCCAGAAGACGAGCUGACUCAUGGUUUUCUGCUGAAGUGAGCCUCAAUUACAGGUUUAGUUUUAAAACAUGGUUAUACAUAAAAAAAGGUGUUUUAAAUUUUGUAGUUCAAUCCAAUAGAAAAUCUGUAAAUCUCAAUUUUUAUUGGAUCUAUAAUAAACUGUAAUGAAGAGAUCACAAUCUUUUUAUAUAAUAUAUGUACAAUCGUGUUUUCAUUUCAUUGUGGGUGGUGAAAUUACCCACCAUUCAUGAGGAAUAAUCUGGUUUAAGAAAUAGAUUACAUUGUCAAGUAAUACAUUAGCAAAGUGAAUAGUAAAGUAAUUGAUGUGAUCUGAGACUGGCUGAUAAACACAUUUUUAACAAAUCCAUGUAAUUCGGAGCAAUGACAUCACAAAUGUCUCUCUAUACUGCAUUGUGCCAUUUGACUUCAAAGUUGUAGUAAUCAAUAUUUAUAAACUGUUAACCAGUGAACAGUGUAUGUUUGUCAGUGUCAAUUAUAAACUGCUCUUUAAAUUCGCAAUAAAAACUAAGAAUAAAAACAGACAGUGUUCACAUUUGAAAAUUGGCUCAAAUGUGAACAUUUGCUGUUCAUAACA